GGCCUCCUCUGACUUGGGUUUGCUAGGGCUCUCUAUCUUUCCUAUCUAGAUAGGAAGACUAAAGAGCUCGAAGCGAGUCAGCGAGACAAGGUUCUGUACACUCGGGGAGCGCCAUGGCUUCUCUUUUCAAGGAUCAAACGAAGCUUUCAGCUUAUAGGGAUCGAAAGUUCUUGGGAACACAAGAAGAAUUCGAAUUUGCACUUCAAACGUCAACCACUGUUUACAUUGGUAACAUGUCCUUCUAUACAACUGAAGAGCAAAUUUACGAGCUUUUCUCUCGAGCUGGAGAAAUUAAAAAGAUAAUCAUGGGAUUGGAGAAGAACUCCAAGACACCUUGUGGCUUUUGUUUUGUCCUAUUUUAUUCAAGAGAAGAUACAGAGGAUGCAGUCAAAUAUAUAAGUGGGACAAUUCUUGAUGACCGUCCUAUACGUGUGGAUUUUGAUUGGGGGUUUCAGGAAGGAAGGCAAUGGGGCCGUGGACGAAGCGGUGGACAGGUGCGGGAUGAAUAUCGUACUGACUAUGAUCCAGGCAGAGGUGGUUAUGGAAAAUUAGUGCAGCGAGAGCUGGAAGCACAAAGGCAGCUUGUAGAUUAUGGUACUGGGUCAUUGGGCUCUUUCCCACCAAAUAUGGCACCUCAUUAUGGAAGACACAGUGGAGGCCACGGUGGUGGUUCUAGACAUGGCAGAGAUUACCAUCGGAAGAGGCAUCGGGAUGACGAUCGCCAUGCUCAUGAGUCUUCAAAGAGAAACAUUGAUAACGAAUCUAGGAGAAACUCUGAUCAUGACUCUAGACCGGAAAAGAAUCCUCGUUUUCGUGAGAGUGGUGACUCCGAUGAUGAUGAGGAAGAUGAUCGAAAGCAACGAUCAUAAUUAAUUCUUAUUGCUGUUAUAUGGCACCCAUGGAGCUGAUAACGUUGUAAAAUGGGGUAGAUGAUCAUGUAUUCUUGCAACAAUUUGAGAGCUAAAUAUUUUCAUUUCUGGGCACGUCACUUAUCUUUUGAUUUCAAGCAUCAUGCUCCAAUUGUACAUGUUAUGCAAGCAACUGAAGGAUAAAAACUUUCCAGAACGGUAUUA